AUGGACCUGCUACUUAAAGCAAUGAGGGCGAGAAUACCAAGAGAGACGCACCCAAGUUUACUCAAUGCAGAACAGGAGGCCAGUGAAGCACAAGAGGCCCUUGCUGGGUUUUGGCUCAGAGGGUCGGGAUGUCAGAAAAAGCAACCGGUAGACUUAGGUCUCCUGGAGGAGGACGACGAGUUCGAGGAGUUCCCUGCAGAAGACUGGACUGGUUUAGACGAAGAUGAAGAUGCACAUGUCUGGGAGGGUAAUUGGGAUGAUGACAAGGUAGAAGAUGACUUCUCCAAUCAGUUACGAGCUGAACUGGAGAAACAUGGCUACAAGAUGGAGACCUCAUAGUAUCCAGAAGAAGUAUUGAAGCAACCUAAAGUUGAACUGUUACUAAAUUCUAGGACACAUAAUCCAGGA